AGCUCCUGGAGGCCGCGCUUGUCUCCGCAGGUGCUGCAGCAGCGUGCGGGGACUGGAGACGGCGCGGGACUGAGCUGGCAGCGUCCUCUUGAGCCUCGGUGUCCCGCAGGGCCGGGACCGGCAGUGACCUCUCAUCAUGUCCCUCUCUGCUCCCCGUGGGUGUAAAGCUGUUCCCGAGGCCGAUCUCCGAAGGGCGAUUUUGGCACUCCUGAAGGCUCGGGAUCGAGGUGCUGUAUGUUCCAGGCAGAGAGAUGGCUGCUGCGAGCUGGAGGAGAGCGAAUUCUGCUCCGUUCAUGGGAUUGUGAAGGAGCUGCUGCACCUCCAGCAGGGGCCAGCAGCCGGGGUUCCACACUUGCCUGGGGCGCAAGAAGCCGCUUGUCCUACGCCGGAGGAUGCCACUUGGGAGCGUGCAGUGAGUGAAGAUGCAGAGAAUGGAUUCUGCAGCAACGAUGGGAGUGUGAGGGAGCCCCUGGGUGCCCAGGGCACAUCAGCAGCUGGCAAUGUCCACAAAAGAAUCCUCAGAAGAUUCCUGGGCAAGCAGUUCAGGUGUCGUACUGUGGCCAUUAUGGUGAGUCCUGUGCUGCUGACUUUGGUGGUGACCCUGGCUGUGCUGUCAGCACAACAGGCUCCAGUUCCACCUGUGCCUGUGCAGGGCUGUCCCUGUGGCUGGGUCUGCUACUGCGGGACCUGCUACUACUUGUCAAGGGAUCACGGCACCUGGGAGCAGAGUCAGGAGCGGUGCUCCAAGCUGGGGGCCUCCCUGGCCAUUCUCAAGGAGGAGGAAAUGGAUUUGUUCUUCCGGCUCCGCGGGAACACCGAUUACUGGCUGGGGCUGCGCAGACGGGGCGAGCACCUGCAGUGGGUGGACGGCAGCAACUUCAGCUCCUGGGUUCCUGUCCUCGGCAAUUCAGAGUGCGUGUACCUGGCCGACGAUAAAUUCAGGAGUGUGGACUGCUCCAACGAGCAGCCGUAUCUCUGCAGCAAGGCCCAAACUCCUCUCCAGUGACAGAGGGUGGAGAAAGGACCUUCUCCACGCUGGGCAGUCUCAGCUUCAGCUCUCAGCCCUGUCCUUUCUCAGCUGCACCCUGUGCCUCGCACUUUCUCUCAGGGUCACCUCAGUGCCUCUUCAUCCCCACUGCCAACGCUGGCCUGGCUGUCCAAAGGAAAAGGCUCGGCAAUACCUCCUGCCACCGAUGCUCCCUGCAGGGAGCGCCUUGCCCUCAUGGCACAGCAAGCUCAAAUGGGAAAUCCCACUCUUGGCAUCGGGCACCUGACUGGCAAGAAUGGUCUGUCUGUCUGUCUGCCUUGUCUGUCUGUCUGUCUGUUGUGAAGGAUGUGAGUGUCCUCCUGCGGGAGGAAUCCCAGGCUGGAGCAGGACAAGGAUUUGUCUCCCGGAGGCAACAGCAGUGACAUGAGGUGACUGUGGCCAAACAUCCCUCUGCCACUGUGUGGGGAGGAGGGAGGGAGGCAAUGGGGGAUGAGGGAAAGGCCAGGAAGAAGAGAACGGUGUGGGGAAGGUGCUUUUUAGGAUUUGGUGUACUUCUCAUUUUUUACUUCUGAUCUGUUUAAUA